UGUGCCGCAACAGCAUGUCCUUCUUCCUGCACAAAACCAUCAGAAGUGACUUUUUUUCCAGCUACCUUUUUCUCUUGGAGGGGCUGCCUCUGGGUGAGUUUGACUGACGCUGCGGUCUGGUCGCCUACAGAGAUUCGGCACCGCGGCGAGAAUGAAAAUAUCCGAAUGCCUUCCACAGUGAAACUGUUCGCAUUGACGAGUGAAGUCAUUAAUGGUGAAAUGCAAUUCUAUGCCAGAGCUAAACGCUUCUAUGAAGAUGUGCCAGCAACAGAGGAGGGUAUGAUGGGAGACUACUUGGAACUCAACAGCAUAGACAUUGAAGCAUCCUGUGUGUUCCUUAAGAAGUUUGUUGGAGGUCCAGGAAAGUCUGAUACUGAGUACGCAUUGGACUGUGGCUCUGGCAUUGGCAGAGUUUCCAGAUAUGUCCUGCUUCCUGUUUUCUCCUCUGUCGACAUGGUGGACAUGAUGGAUAACUUUUUAUUUGAAGCUCUUUCCUACAUCGGAAAAGAUGUAAAAAAAGUGAAGGAUUACUUCUGCUUUCCCUUGCAGGAGUUCACUCCACCUAUUAAAAAAUACGAUGUUAUUUGGAUUCAGUGGGUAAUUGGACAUUUAACUGAUACGGACCUAAUGUUAUUCUUAAUAAGAUGCAAGAACAGCCUGAAGGAUAAUGGAGUUAUCAUCAUUAAAGAUAAUGUUGGUCGACAAGGAUGUAUUCUGGACCAAACUGACAGUAGUGUAAUCCGGGACAUUGAUAUUUUAAGAAAUAUCAUAGCAAAAACUGAUCUGCAGAUCAUCUGUGCUGAGAAGCAACUAGACAUGCCCGAGCAGUUAGUACCUGUGUGGAUGCUGGCCUUGAAAUAGUAACUUCUCUAGUAAACUUGUUCAUCUCAAACAGUCCUUAUUUUAGACUUCCUCUUUGGUGAAAUUAUCCAUAAGAUAUAUAAAAAUUAACGUUGGAUAAUGCUAUACCUUGAUCUAUAAAGUCUGCUUUAUACAUGAUUCAAGUUUAAGGUAUUUAAUUCUCAGUUAUUAGUGAUUUCUUUUAACUUGAUAGCAAUAUGCAAGAUUUUUAUCAGGUAAAAUUUUAUCAGGUAAAUGCACUUUCAGUUCACUGUCAAUGUGGUUUAAAGAAGUGAAGCCAAUGACAGUAAAGUUAUUUAAGCACCUAUUAUUCUGUGCAAUGACACUGAUCAAAAAAUUUCCAGAAUGUCAGUUAUAGUUGGGUCUAUAGAAAGCCCAGUUUAGCUAGAUAUCUUGGAGGUGUCCUCAGUCAGGGGCAGAAAACAGAAAAAUUACGGACACAUUAAACAUGAAUUG